GCUUUGCUAAGCGAGCACACCGAAGUUCCGCAAGGUGAUCAAUUUCACGACAUCACGACUACUAACGCCCAGCGACAAUCACCCACUGAUUCCCCGGGAAAUCAAUCACAAUGCCUAACACCAGACUCACCUACAGGCGUCGUGCCCCCUACAACACCAGGAGCCAGAAGGUCCGCGUGAUCAAGACUCCCGGCGGUGAGCUCCGUUACCUUCACAUCAAGAAGAAGGGCACUGCCCCCAAGUGCGGUGACUGCGGCACCAAGCUCGCCGGUGUCCCUGCGCUCCGCCCCCGCGAAUACGCCACCGUCUCCCGCCCCAAGAAGACGGUCCAGCGCGCCUACGGUGGAUCGCGAUGCGCCAACUGCGUGCAGGACCGCAUCGUCCGCGCUUUCCUCAUUGAGGAGCAGAAGGUUGUCAAGAAGGUCCUCAAGGAGUCCCAGCAGAAGAAGCAUUAAGCGGGGAUGAAUCGAGGGUAACUGGGGUUCAAGCAUGGCAAAACUGGGGCUAUCGGUGUUCAUGUGCAUUAUGGGCAGUCUCCUGGUUCGGUCGACUUUCACGAUAUCACGGCGAUUUCUGCGUCACUCUCCGAAGUCCACCAGGACAGUAGCUGAGUAGGAUCACGAAUACAUCCACAAGCUGCGCAACACAAUUGGGCUAUGCGGUGCAUGAUGCGUGACGACGAGGGCGUGGCAUGGAAGGCGGUGGAGGGCCAGGGCUUGUUGGUUGAUGCUUGCAGUCGAGCCCACGCGUUGAGCCCGUGGAAGACUGUCGUCACCCUGCCGACUCUGGCCUGCUGUGACUGUGUGUUGUCUACGUGACCAUGUGCCCAAUCCGAACGCGCUGAGCCUCCACAGUGACUCUGACAGCGACUGAACGCACGGGAGCUUGGAACGAACAAGACACCAAUCGGUCGAUCAGGUGAACAAACACGCAGGUCCGUCGUGUACGCACACGC